UGUUUAGCAACUGUGGGGCUUUCUGCAGAUUUUUUAAAAAAAAAUUUAAAAAUUAAAACCAACUUCCGAGGUCAUCAAAAAUGUUCAUUUUGCGGCAUUUUAGGGUAAACGCUACAUUCAGCCCACUUUGCAAGCAGAUCCCCACAAGCCGAGAAUAGAUGCAUGCAUUUAAAAUUAUUUUUACAAUGUCAUAUUCGGACUUGGCAGCCGGGAAAACUUUUCAAUCCAGUCUUUUUCAAAAAUUGCCGACUGGGAGGAGAGAUUUUCCAUUGCGGAAAAAAACAACUCGGUGUUGUUUAAAAAAAAAUCAGCGGUAUAAGCAUAAAAUAUGUGAAUUAUAAAAUAAGAGAUUUUCCAUUGCGGAAAAAAACAACUCGGUGUUGUUUAAAAAAAAAAUCAGCGGUAUAAGCAUAAAAUAUGUGAAUUAUAAAAUAAUAUCAAGCCAGGCAGUCACACUAUACAUAAGCAUAAACUAGCAUUCUGACAUUUGGUUGUUUUUUAUCAAAUGAACAUCACUAGUUUAACAAGGAUUAAUUCUUUUCCUAACUGGCUUUAGCUACUAAGAUAUUAGUUUUUCAAUCAAACGUUGGGUGGCGGGGGGUGGGAGGAGAGAGGAAAGUGAGUUACGCGUAAAUAAAACUUGGCGGUAUGAUUUAUAAAACAAUCUGGAAAAAGAGUUAUUCUCUGCUCCUCCCCAAACGCUUCCGGCGAGUUAAAACUUCGCGCCUCCAAAUGGCAAAACCUGCAGGACAACACAAGCUAAGUCUCGGGUCUAUUUGCUGCUUGAAAUAUUGAUUAAUUGCAGGGCAGCUUUCGAAGAACCCCGUCUCCUCUCUCUCCAUUAGAAACACACUUCUUUGUACACGGAGUAAGAAUUACGUUAGAAAGUGCAUUGCCUCCAGUUGUUGGAAAGAAACGCCUUGGCAAUGAGUAAACGCCAAAUGUGCAGCAAUCUGGGAAAAUCCAAAAAUCAUCAAAGAAAGGUGAAAAAAGGACUUGUACUUUACAAAGAAGUGCCAAGUUCCCAGUCUUUAUUUCACACAUUCAGUGAUGCAGUAAAAAUCAGAGACUUCCAGAAAAGAGUGCUAUCUUGGUACAAUAAAUGUAAACGAGAUCUACCAUGGAGGAAACUGGCUGCAACUGAAACUGAUGAUGACAAACGAGCAUAUGCUGUGUGGGUAUCGGAGAUCAUGCUCCAGCAAACCCAAGUGGCUUCAGUGAUUAAUUACUACAAUCGUUGGAUGCAGAAAUGGCCAACCUUGCAGGAUUUAGCUGAAGCUUCAUUAGAGGAAGUGAAUGAAUUAUGGGCAGGCCUUGGCUACUAUUCUCGAGGAAAAAGGCUCCAGGAAGGUUCCCAAAAGGUGAUGUCACAACUGGCAGGUCAUAUGCCAAGGACAGCAGAAGAACUGCAGAAGCAGCUGCCAGGAGUAGGCAAGUACACUGCAGGAGCUAUUGCAUCCAUAGCAUUUGGCCAGGUGACAGGAGUGGUAGAUGGAAAUGUGACUCGAGUUUUGUGUCGUACAAGAGCCAUUGGUGCUGACCCUGCCAAUUCAGCUGCUGCAGACGCACUCUGGACUUUAGCCCACACUCUGGUUGACCAGACCCAUCCAGGUGACUUUAAUCAAGCAAUGAUGGAAUUGGGUGCAACUGUGUGUACUCCCAAGACCCCAUUAUGCAUGGAAUGUCCAGUGAAACAGCACUGCAGAGCUCUCCAUCAAGUGGAAAAGCAUCGGUUAAAUUCCACCAAGAGACUCUUAGGAAAAACUGCUUCUAAAAACGUCCCUGUGUUAGAUAUGGAGGAAUGUGCUGCUGUCUCAGGGAGCUGUUCUCUCUGCCUGCCUCCUUCAGUACCAUGGGAGCCCAGCCUUGGUGUCACUAAUUUCCCAAGAAAGACUACCAAGAAGCAGCCCAGAAUAGAACACACAGCCACAUGCGUGCUACAGAGGAGAUGCAGUGAUGGGAAUCCAGAGUACUUUCUGGUGAGGAGGGCCAGCUCAGGUCUGCUAGCUGGACUGUGGGAGUUUCCUAGCAUCCUCCUUGAUCAAGGGCAGGAAAAGCAAGAGAAAGUGAUUCUGGCAGAUCACCUCCUAGCCUCGCUUGGCAAUGACUUGGCAGUGAGGCAACUACAGUAUGUCGGAGAGGUCUUCAAAGUUUAUGAAAAAUGGAGCUGUAGAAUCAACGAUGCCCAAAUUGUGAAAAAGAAGAAACGGGACUCUCAGGACCAGCCAAUUAAAGCCUGAAGAACAGAGUAUUUCUUCCAAGAAGCUGCUUUCUUUGCAUUCGUUUCUUAGAACUGGUCUCAAUAGCUGAUGGCAAGUUCAGGCACAG